AUGGCUGAAUUAUCAACUGGAAACCCUCCCUUUUAUGAUAGAAAACAUGACGUGUUAUUAGCCUUAGAUAUUUGUAAUGGACUUCGUCCAGAAUUUGGAAAAGGAACUCCUGAAUGUUAUAAAAAAUUAGCUUAUAAGUGUAUGAAUGCAAAUCAAAAUCAACGACCAAAAGCUAUUAAAUUGCAUAAAUUAUUGAAUUUUUG